CCCCAAAACCGAACCCGGGACCCCCAAAACCGAACCCGGGACCCCCGAACCGGCCCCGGGACCGCCGAACCCCGCCAUGGACCCGGACCCGGACCCAAAUCCCGGCUCCGCCGCUGACCCGGAACCGGCAGCGGAACCGGAACCGGCACCGGCACCGGCGGGGAAGCGGCGCCGUUUCACGCUCCGGCAGGAGGGGCCCGAGGAGCCCCCGGUCCCGUCGCUGUUCCGAGCCGGCGCCGCGGCCCCCCCGGUACCGGUACCGGUGCCGGUUCCGCCCGGUGCCGGUUCUUACGCUGAGUUCGUGGUGCGGGGCUCGGGCAGCACCGGGAGGGCCCAGCCGGGAGCGGAGCGGAACCGAGGGGAGCGGGAACAGAACCGGGAACGGGACCGGGACCGGGAACAGAACCGGGAUCAGAACCGGGACCGGGAACAGAACCGGGAUCAGAACCGGGAGGUCCCGGCCCUGCCCGUGCUCAAACCGGGCACCAGGAGCAGCAGCAUCAUCGUCAGCCCGCGGCAGCGCGGGAAUCCGGUGCUCAGGUUCAUCCGGAACGUUCCGUGGGAGUUCGGCGACGUCGUCCCCGAUUACGUCCUGGGCCAGAGCAGCUGCGCGCUCUUCCUCAGUCUCAGGUACCAUCAGCUGCACCCCGAGUACAUCCACGAGCGGCUCCGGGCUCUGGGGAGGAGCUUCAGCCUCCAGGUGCUGCUGCUGCAGGUGGACGUGGUGCUGCUGCUGCAGGUGGACGUGCGGGAUCCCCUCCAGGCUCUGCAGGACCUGGCCCGGAUUUGUCUCCUCAGCGACUGCACCUUGCUGCUGGCCUGGAGUGCGGAGGAGAGCGGUCGCUACCUGGAGACCUUCAAGUGCUACGAGCAGAAACCGCCCGACCUCCUCCGGGAGCGCGUGGAGCCCGACUUCCUGUCCCGGGUCUCCGAUUGCCUCACCAGCGUCAGAUCCGUCAACAGGAGCGACGCCCUGGCCCUGCUGGGCACCUUCGGGUCUCUGGCAGCCGUGGCGGCCGCGUCCCCCCAGGAUCUGUCCCUGUGCCCCGGCGUGGGACCCCAAAAGGCCCGGCGCCUUUUCGACGUCCUGCACCAGCCCUUCCUCAAGAGCGCCUGAGGAGCCCCGAAAGUGCCCAAAAUCACCCCAAAAUCGCCUCAAAAUACCCCAAAAUCACCUCAAAACACCCCAAAAUACCCCAAAACUGCCCAGAAU